GAAGACGUGCCUAGAUCAAUUUCAUCUAGUAGGGACAGCCUGUUUGAUCUAUGACUAGCGACAAGCAACAUGAGCGGAUGCCUAGCGGAUCGAACGAAAAUUUUUUGUACAGAUCGGAUGAAAUAAAUGAAUAUCGUAAAUCAAAUAGUACUGAAUGGACAAAGAAUCCACCGGGAAAACCGUACUUGGCAUAUUUCGCAACCAAAAACAUUCAGUUUCGUAUUCCAGAGCUGGAAAGUAUAGCCAAACUCUACGAAAUAACUUUUUUUUAUGAACCUCCAACGGCGUCUGAGCUCUCAACUCUACAAACAUCCCCCUAUCUGAUCAUAUACCUUCCAGAUGACGAAUCUGCAAAAAAGAUAGCCUCCAGAAGUAUCGGGUUGCACGGCGUUUUUGAAAUUUGGUCCAGUGCGACUGAUUAUCCAUCUCUUGAAGAUUCACUUCGGUCGUUUGUAGACAAAAACCAUGCCUAUGUUCGUUCGAUGAUCGACGAUUGCCAUUUCAAGUUUAUAGUCAAAUCCUAUGGACAUCAUUAUACUUCUGCUCAAAAAGUCGAAAUAAUAAAUCGUUUCAGCUGGAUGUAUUGGACCGGAAAAGUUGACCUCGAACAUCCAGAACAAAUUUUUUGGAUUUUAGAAUAUGUCGACGUAAAUAAACUUUCAAAUGCUCCUUUACCUAGGCAAAUUUGGUUUACGAGACAAAUUUCAAGAGGAUGUCGACAUUUGGUUAACAAAUAUUCACUAAGUAAUCGAAAGUAUUUAGGUACAACAAGUAUGGAGGCCGAAAUAGCCUUUUUAAGCGCAAACCAGGCUUUAGCACGCCCCGGAUCCCUAAUUUUGGAUCCAUUUGUGGGAACGGGCAGCCUUAUUGUCGCUUGUGCUCAUUUCAGGGCCUAUACGAUCGGCACAGAUAUUGAUAGAAAAGUGUUGGACGGUCUUUCAGCCGAUGAAUGCAUCGAAUCAAAUUUUGCUCAAUAUAACUUAACCCAACAGUUUCUGGGAUGUAUACAGCUAGAUAUGAGCUUCUUUAAUGCUCUAUACCUCGGGCGUUCUAGGUUCGACGCCAUCAUAUGUGAUCCGCCAUAUGGAAUCCGCGCUGGAGCUCGAAAAAUCGGUGUGCGGCCUCAACGAGAACUUCGACAUAAAAAUCGAGGCACCGAUCCAGCGCCUAUUCACGUUAAUCCAAACGAUCCGAAUUGGCUUCCGCAUGUCCCCCAGUGUAUAGCUUAUCACAUCGAAGAUGUCUUAAAAGACUUGGUCGAACUGGCUGCCAACCUGUUGGUCCUGCAUGGAAGAUUGGUAUAUUGGCUCCCGACCACUAAGGAGUAUUCUCAGAGUGACUUGCCGACUCAUCCAUGUUUGCUCCUUAUCUCUGAUAGUGAGCAAAAGUUGACUAUGAAUUGGUCGAGAAGAUUGAUUACUAUGGAAAAAAUUUCGGAUUAUAAGCCAUCACUAUCAAAGCCAAAUCCACGACAUAACCUUCCUACGCAUGCUAACAUCGCCUUUAAAGUUUUGAAAGACCCGAGUCGAUGCAGAAAAGUAGAGCUUUCUGAAGAGUGAUUUUCAAAACCCUAGAAUUUCUCUCAGCUGAGCAGAGGACAAGAUCGUGCAAAAAAAGUGUUUCCAAU